GCCGGCUCCCGCGGCGACGCAGGCAGGGACCGGGCGGCCUCAGCCCGUCCCCGGGAGGGGACGCGGGGUGCCUGAGGUGAUGGCGGGUGCUAACGGGGCGGCGGCGUCCUCGGGGCUCCGCGUUCGCAGGGCUUGUGCCUGCUGCCGCCGUCCGGUUUGGGGGUACGGGAUGGUGCCGAGCUCCCCGCGGGGUUCGGGAGGAGCGUGGGAGUAAGUGGGCGACGAUUUUAAAUUGGCACCUCGAAACCUAAGUGUCGUACUAGCUUGGGCUGUUACAGUAGUCCCAACUGUUCUAGUACCGCUCUGUUCUGAAAAGGAAGCACUUGUUCCUGUGUGACGUCAGUUGUUUGCUUUCCUUUCCCUCUCUUCGACUCUACAGUAACCUGCCUUUGCUAUUUUAAAUUAGUGUUAGAGCUCAGCCUUGUCUCCAAAGGAAUGAAAGUUGACAUGAGUGUGCUGCUCACAGCUCCAGCCACCCUUCUGCCACCUCCUCACCCUGUUCCCCCCCCCUUUUUAAAUUUCUUGGCCACUGCUAGCAGGGUUUAGUAGACAGACAUCUUUAAAGUUUCUGCAGAUUUCCUGAAAACCCGAGUUUAAGGAGAACGAGGGCAUCCAGUUGAUUUGCCUGACAGAAAUGCCACUAGAUGAGUUCAGCUGCGUUAUUAGACACCAGCGAGCAGAGGGAGGCACCGUUGGAGGCGUUAUUCCAUUCCCAUGAACACCGGCAGUUGGGACUCAUCUAGUCACUCAAGCCGUGAGUGGGCUUGGAAGUCACGGGAAGCCAGGCGUAAUAAGGUCUGCUGCCCCUCAGAGCAGAGCUCAUGAAGUACUUGAAAGGUGCUCAGAUGCUGUUGUGAGAGGGGAAAAAAACAGAGAAGGACUUUAGCGCAUUAAUUCUCAGAUAGCUUUUCUAAAACUUAAACGUUUGCAAUAAGUCAAGUCCUAAGUUCUCUAGUGGGGCUCUGUGUAGUUACGUACAUUCAUACAUACAAAUCCAGUGGUGAGGUCUAAGCUUGCUUCAGUGUUUUGGGAAAAUAUGCGUAUACAAAAUGAUAUGCAGAGUAAACACCAGAAAAGAAACAUACUGCCUAAAUUUUUAAAAUUAUAGCUCUUGUAGUACAAAAUAUCCCCAAACAUAAAUUUAUUAGCCUCUCUUUAUUGGUAAAUCCAGUACAAGUGACUUUAAGUGUGAAGAGGGUGGAGAAAAAGAGUGCAUAUAUCUGCAGAGUGCUACUGACACCUGCAUUCUAACUUCCAUUUUCAAAAUAAUUCUAAAAGCAGUUGAAUGACAAGGGAUGUGAGUUCAAGUAGUACUUUCAAAAGCUGUUCCAUCCACGUUCAUGUUGUCUUCUCUAACCUGUGACUUCUUUUUUGGAGCCAUUUGUUUGGCGUGUUUUUUAUGUGUUUUAUUUGAGAUGAAAACUUAAAUAUCGGCAGGAUGGGGAAACAAUGCGCUCCCACCGCCUAACUCAGUUUGUGGGAUUUUUCCUUUCCAGAACUGCAAGGGAUUAUAUCUUUCACUCCUUAGCCUCACUGCAAAAAGUAUAAGAUUUAGAGAUGUUGGAGGGCUCUGUGGAAAAAUGGAAGCAAGCUCAGAGGCUGCAAAGAAUAGCAUUGCCUGUCAAAACAAUGUUUUGUGCUUUCUUGUUGCAUUUGGUCAUAGCUGCCUGCUUGGCACUGAUUGCAUUACUCUAGAUUAUUAUUCUAUUUAGGAGUCUCAAAAAAAUAGCACAACUAGAGGUCUUGCUUCUUGAAGUGUUAAGUCUUGCAAAAUAAAUUCUCCAGUCAGAUGCUACAGAAAGCUUCUAAAGCAAUGUUUUUCUCUAGAGAAGAAACGAGUACCACUUCAGUGAGCAGUACUUCUUCAGUUCUGUCCUUGUUCAGUGAUAGUAACCAUUAUGUUCCUUUGGAUGAAGAGGAGAAGGGAGUUUGAUGCUCUUUGGAUCAUGCCUCAGGGACCCAAUUAUAUGACAUGCUGAGCAACCUCAAGUCCCAUGGAAAUCAGUCUGAGGUUGAAGUACUUGAUGUUUUGUGUGAUCAGAUGCCAGCAUCAUUAAGUGAAUGCCAAGUGCAGAUUUGGGUUUUGCGCUCUUUGUAUCUUUGCUGCUAGUGGCAGUCAAAUAAAAGGCAAAUAGUAUAAAAUUAAUGUUGAGAUUCUCUUAUUUUUAUCAUCAGAAUGACCCCAAAUGAUCUCAGCUUGCCUUACAGUCCGUGCAUGGGGUUUAAAGAAUUAGCAGCAAAGUAAACUCAUGCUGCUUCUUCUAUAGAGUAAAUAAUUUUGCUUCUGAUUCUUGCAAGCAUAAAUUUCCUAUGAUCCUUUCACAGUCUUUUUGUCAGAGGUGGGUGAAAGUGCUGAAUUCAGAGCUUAUUUAGGCAGCUUACUUUAAUGUGUAUUUUUUGAAAAAGGUAAUGGUUUGGGUGAAUUGGAGAGCUCUUUGUUUUUGAGUGGGUGCUGAAACAUGAAGUAUAUGAUGUAUUAUACAUAUAUUUAAACUGUCCAUGCCACUCUGUUAAUGAACUAUGUUUCCUGAUUCUGUAACAUACCUCCUUGAGUCUCUGUUUUCUCCUGACCUGAACCGGAAUACUGAUCCAUCAUCAAUAGCACGUCCUGAGCAUGUCAUAAAAAUUUCAAGCCAUGGUCCUGUAGACAUGCCUAAGUUCUUGAGUGCACAUAUUAGACUCCAGUUGUUGUAUGAAGCCUGCUCAAUUUAGGAUCAUGACUGUUACUUUUCUAUAAUGAAUUCUGCUCUAUAGUUGUCACCAAGCUGCACAAUGAAGUGUAGCGAUUUUAAAAUAAGAUGUUGUUUAAAAUCAAGAGAACAUUGUUUUGCAAAGUUUUCAUGACAUCUUCCCAGUGAGAUAAUGGGUCUACAGUUUGACGCUUUUUCUUCAACCAUGAGGUUAGUUCUGUAAGCUAGCUCUUUUUGUUCCAUGUUUGCACAUCUUUUGCACGGUAGAGCCCUUGCCUAUGGGUGAGGUUUGCCAUAAAUUAAUGUGUCUGCUUUUGCAGUGCAAUAAAGAGGUUACUUUUUAGAGGGAAACAAAACUCAUCACAAAGGUAAAUUAUCACUGAAUUGCUAUAGAAGAAGCAGCUCCUGGAGAAGCAGAUGAUAAUGUCCUCUGCCUGCAUUAAAAGUAGAUACAGACCUACUCUGAUGUACCUGCAUCCUACUGGGGUCAGGUACUAAGUUUAGUGGUAGAUCAACUUAACAGUUUUUUUUCAGCAAUGCUUUAAGAGAAUAUCAGGAAGUUAGAGUUCAGAAGACUAGGAAUGAAAUUAUUUUUAACAAGGGCCGAUGAGAAGUAUUAAGCAUAAUAGUAUGUUUUGUAUGACAGUGAUAAAACUGAAUGAUUUUUUUCUUUCCUAUUUAAAGGAAGAGCCAAGGCUGGAUGUUCUGAUAAAUAAUGCAGGCAUAUUCCAGUGUCCAUACAUGAAGACAGAGGAUGGUUUUGAGAUGCAAUUUGGCGUAAACCACUUGGGUCACUUCUUGCUCACCAACCUUCUUCUGGGCCUCCUCAAAAAUUCUGCUCCCAGCAGGAUUGUGGUAGUAUCCUCAAAGCUUUACAAAUAUGGAGAGAUCAACUUUGAAGACUUGAACAGUGAAAUAAGUUACAAUAAAAGCUUUUGUUACAGUCGGAGUAAACUGGCUAACAUAUUAUUUGCAAGGGAGCUAGCCCGUCGAUUAGAAGGGACAGGAGUCACUGUCAAUUCACUUCAUCCUGGGAUUGUCAGAACAAAUCUAGGCAGAUACGUGAACAUUCCUUUGCUGGCAAAACCCCUAUUCAACUUGGUGUCAUGGGCUUUCUUCAAAACACCUCUGGAAGGAGCCCAGACUUCUAUUUAUUUGGCUUCUUCUCCUGAUGUCGAAGGCGUGUCAGGAAAAUAUUUUGGGGACUGCAAAGAGGAGGAACUCGUGCCCAAAGCCAUGGAUGAUUUGGUUGCAAGAAAGUUGUGGGAUAUCAGUGAAGUGAUGGUUGGCUUAUUGAAAUAAGUGCCAGGGGGUAUCUGCAAAUAGAAUGCAGAUAACUAUGCAACACACAUUUGCAACAGUGUGAUUCUCACUUUAAGUGCUGUGGGAAUACAGAUUACUCUGCUCAAUAGGUAUUAAAUAGAGGAGUGAUUUAUGCUGGAACUCUGUUUUGAAAUAAAGGACAAUCUUCCUUUAAUAGACGCAGGCAUUCAAAACAAGUCUGAAAUAGAGUUUGAGGGUGUGAAUAUAAUUUCUGGUUAAAUCUGCUUGGAAACUCGUGUUUUACAAAUAAAAAUUGAACAACUGUGUUUUGCAAUAUAUAUGCAUAUUUGUCAUGUUCCACUAUUUGUAGUUGGGCUGGACAAUGCAGGGUACUGAUGGUGAAACACUUCUCCUGUAAAAAGGUUUUGAAAAUAGAUCCUAAUAAUAAUAUUAGGAUUGUUGUCUUUUUUUAAGCCAUCACAAUGAAAAAUGGAAUAAACAGUUUUACCAAUAUCUUACACUGUAAUCAUUUAGGCCUCUGAGUGCUGUUCAAAGACUUGUCAGCCCCAUGGUUCAGUGAACAAAACUGUUGAGCCGUGUACAGUUUAGCUGUGAAGCACAAAGUCAACUUUUUUGAGUGAUGUUGCUGCUAUUCGAUGAGUGCAUACACUUGGUUGUGCAAGCCGUAUUUUUAAUUUCAUGUGUGCUAAACUUGCUAUUUAUUGAUACGCAGACACCUUGGGUUUCAUUAAAAACAUAGUUGAUGGAUGUAUUAUGGUCUUGAUAGGACUUUGCAUGUCACGAAUUGUGUGCACACGAAGUUCAUGAGACACUGCCCAGAUUAGACUGAAGAGAAUGCUUUUCAGUGUGUGUGUUUGGCUUGACUGAUGGCACUUUA